AUGCAGGAAUCAAGAUUGUGGUAUAUUAGUCGUGAGCAACUCUACAUACCUUGGAAUGAUCGAGAUCGAGUGUUGCGACAGCCUUUAAAUAACUUGAAACUUAUAUUACACGACCGGAGGAAAAAAACAAACAAGGAUGGACAAGUUUGAGGCAAAUCUCACCAGAGCCACUAACCCCGAUGUCCGAGACCUGCUUGGAGCCAUCGGACUAGUCAUCAAUAGUAAAGGUGAAACUCUGUACCAUCGCGCCUUCGGACACCAAUCACUGGCUCAUGAUGCACCGCCAUUAGAUCCUGACAGUGCCAUCUUCCUAGCUUCAGCUGGGAAGUUCGUGACCCAUAUUGCUUGCCUUCAGCUCGUCGAGCGGGGGAUUCUUGGUUUGGACGACUCGGUCUACAAAUUCCUGCCGGAGCUCGAGAAGUUGGAGAUCCUCUCGCCGUCGGCGGACCCAGAUGUCAAGUUUACCCUCAGUCCGCAGGUCCGGCCAAUCACCCUCCGCCAUAUGCUCACGCAUUCGAGCGGCAUCGGGAGCUGCGAUGAUGAUCUGACAGAAGCUUGGCGUGCAGCAGUACCGCAGCCGGACUGGCCCGAGGGUACCCCCAGCAUUGUUAGGAAUCUCUCGACACCUCUACUGUGCCAGCCUGGAGAAGGGUGGGAGUACGGGCAUAGUGUCCACUGGCUGCAGCCGCUGGUGGAGCGUGCGUCGGGCACAAAGCGCUUCACGGAAUACAUGGAAGAACACGUCUUCAAACCGCUCGGGCUGAAUCACACGAGCUACGUACCGCUCACGCAGGAGCACAUCAGGACGAAGUUGCUCCAAUGCGUGAGACGGGAAGAGGAUGGCAGCAUCAGUGCUUGCAAGGAGGGCGAGCUGGCAGGGAUAGCUUCCAGUAUCACGGACGUGAAGAAGAUGCUGCUCGAUCUGCUCGGUACAGAGUCGAAGCUCCUGAGCAAGGACAGCGUGGAUCUGCUGUUCUCACCUGCAUUUGAAGCUGGAAGUGCUGGGCUGACGAAGAUCCUUCACGACGAGGAGACGUUUGCGAAGACUAUCGGACUCGGGGCGGAGGGAAAGCGAGCGGCAGUCAACUUUACAGCUGCUGGAAGUUUGGUGACAGAGGGGGUAGUUCCAGAGUCGAACUUGCCGGCAGGUACGCUGACCUGGAACGGAUGGCCAAACCUGAUAUGGACGAUCAACAGGGAGAAGGGGAUCGCGACGUUGUUUGCGACGCAGUUAGUUCCGGUGGACGACGAAAAAGUCCUGGUCCACAUGGUUGACUUCUUGAAGAGUGCGUGGUCGACGUUUGGUUAACCUAGAACUUAGUCUAGCUGUUUGGCAUGGUGGCGGGGAAAUUCUCGUAAUCCUACUCCCUUAAGUUUCUUUUUCUUGACAAUAGACGAUAGAUGAAGCCA